AUUUAUUGGGUAUGGAAGGGAGGUGGCACUGCAGUGGAGAAGAAUCGCUGCUGCGAGGGAGAGAAUGUGGCUUCUUGCUUUCUCAAGUGGAGGAGGCAACUGCAGCAGUGGCUCCAGCAGAAGUAGGGAGCGCAGCUGCAGUACGGGAGAGUAUGCGGAUGUGGGACAGCAGCUAGGCGAUUCUUCAGCUACCAGCUACAUGACUUCUUGCGAGGCUGACCCCUUCUGCUCCUGGAUGGCAGGGAAGGAUGAAGAAGGAUGA